AUGAAUUCAUCUAAAGCAGCCAAGCCAACGCAACCCAAACAAAUCCGAUGCUGCAAUCGGGGCUUAAAAGCCAUUCAGGUUGCUACAGCCAGCAGUAUUCUUUUAGUUCUUGUGCUCUGGGUUGGUCUUUUCCAGUUUAUAUUGCCUUUUAUUUACAAUGAAGAUAAUCUUGGAACAGGCGAACACUACGUAUCUGCUGUUGAACAACUCACUUUCAGAGAAAUUCAUGGAUUGGAAAGUGCAUCAGUAAACAACAGCAUUGCUAGUCAUUCCACUCCUUUUCAGUCCAUGAAUGCUACUCAGCAAGCAACCUACAUGGAUAGCAUUCUUGCUGCAUUGGCAUCUGACGCACGACAAAUCCUUAAUGUCAAAAAACUGGAAUCUGCCGUCUGUGACAGCACUCCCGACUCCAUUGCAUUGUUUUUAAACCAUCGUUAUAAUAUGUUGCUUCCUUCUGCUUCAUAUCAGUCACGACACCCUACCAAUGCUCCAAAUAACUCGACUGGAAGUUAUUUUGUAGACCAUCAACGAUACUUUGUAGCACUCAAUUUUCAUAAUAGUCAAAAGACAAAAAAACUGUUGCAGUUGUUUCAAACCCUUCUUGAUCACUUGAAUAUUCCAUCGUCCAUUAUUCUAUCAGAUGAAAAAUCAGACUAUGAACAUAUGAAUCGGAUCGAAGUGUUGGCUGAAUACCGCAAUCGUGCUCUAGAACCCAUGUUUACUCAGAAAUUAUACUAUAACCAUGUUAUUUUUAUAAAUGAUGUGUUUCAUUGCUUGGAUGACACUCUCGAACUCAUGUAUCAAACUCACGUUCAACAAGCUGAUAUGACAUGUGGUUUUGACUACUGGAUACGACCCGACAAGUUUUAUGAUACAUGGGUAGCACGAACCUUGAGCGGAAACAUGGUACGAGAGUAUUUCUAUCAAGGAUCGUUUGCAUAUGAUCCAGCUUCGCGAUCACGUUAUGAACUCGGACUUCCCAUCUCGGCGUUCUCGUGCUGGAAUGGCAUGACGGUCUUGAAUAGCGAUCCAUUUUAUAAACACAAUGUGCGGUUUCGAAGAAGUGAUGUGGAUCAGGGAGAAUGCUCGGCAUCUGAAUGUCAGCUCCUGGCCAAAGAUUUCUGGACAAAUGGAUUUGGCAAGGUGUUGAUGGUACCGCAGGUCCGAGUUGUUUAUGAUUUGUGGUUGCAUGCAUCGGUUCGUGCAAAGCGAUUUGAACUUAUUCAAAUAGGUCAGAAUCUUGGCAACAAUCCAAAGUAUAUGGAUCUAGACGGCACAGCAAACGCUAGGCGCAAGCGUAUUUCUCUGAAAAUGGGUCUAAAUGAAUUCGGAGGACGAUCGCUUGAUUUGAAAUGGUGGAAUCGCAUGAUGUGGCUUGGAUGGACGCAUGAGCCUGCUUGGGUUGCAGGCCAAGUAAGCGAAGAGGUUGUUUGGAACUAUCCAGGACCAGAAAAAGUCAUUUGCUUUGGAUUAGAUGGAGUCAAUAAUCCAAAUGCCGACUGGGAAAAUCCAGUGUUUGAAACUGUUGAAUACAAGGUUGGGUUGUAA